AUGAUCCAACAGCAGGAGACAGGGUACCAGUGUAAUGUUCGGGGACGAGGAUAUUGUAAUAUUCCUACUUCGCUGUCCGUUGUGUCACUCGUCCUUGACCUCCGUCUCGUUCUAUGGUCAGCUGAUUGUGCAACAAAGGCACCUGUCAACACUCAGAAGGCGCUUGAUGUUCCGAUUGACGUGACAAACGAGUGGACAAGCUAUGACAAUACGGGAGAAGAAGAGGUCUUUUCAGCGGUAGAGGCCUUGGUCAACAGUGAGCAGAACAUCAGUUUUGAUACUGAGAAAGAAGAGGUCACAGAUUUCAAUGCAAAGGAAAAAGAACUUACUGAAAUAGCAGUGAAUAAGACACCUGUCAACACUCAGAAGGCGCUUGAUGUUCCGAUUGACGAGACAAACCAGUGGACAAGCUAUGACAAUGUGGGAGAAGAAGAGGUCUUUUCAGCGGUAGAGGCCUUGGUCAACAGUGAGCAGAACAUCAGUUUUGAUACUGAGAAAGAAGAGGUCACAGAGUUCAACGCAUGUGCAAUAGACGAUGAACCUACUGAAACACCAGUGAGUCCGGCACCUGUCAACACUCAAAAGGCGCUUGAUGUUCCGAUUGACGUGACAAACGAGUGGACAAGCUAUGACAAUACGGGAGAAGAAGAGGUCUUUUCAGCGGUAGAGGCCUUGGUCAACAGUGAGCAGAACAUCAGUUUUGAUACUGAGAAAGAAGAGGUCACAGAUUUCAAUGCAAAGGAAAAAGAACUUACUGAAAUAGCAGUGAAUAAGACACCUGUCAACACUCAGAAGGCGCUUGAUGUUCCGAUUGACGAGACAAACCAGUGGACAAGCUAUGACAAUGUUGGAGAAGAAGAGGUCUUUUCAGCGGUAGAGGCCUUCGUCAACAGUGAGCAGAACAUCAGUUUUGAUACUGAGAAAGAAGAGGUCACAGAUUUCAAUGCAUUGAACGUCGAACCAACUGAAAGAGCAGUGAAUAAAGAAGGCAUAGUAGCAAUGCCGGAGGAUAUCAGAACGUCCACACCAAUUCGGGGCAAAGACAAUGGUGCAACGGGGCGAAACGAAAUGGAUGUGAACAAGAUAUCACAGGUUCGAGAGACCGACCCCCUCAACCUUGCAUUCGUCUCAUUCGACCAGGAUGUUGAAGAAACCGAUCAUCCCCACAAGCUAGAUACGCCUACUUGUACCAAAUCUUCCCCAUUAAUCGAGAAAGACGGGUCAGAUCCAUCAGCCGGUUAUUGUCAAGAUGGUGCUAAUCAAAAGCAAAGGGACCAAUCGCAAGGACAUGAAAUAGGAAAAGACACGUUCUGUUGUGGUAGUUGCGGGGAUCAAUUUCAUACUGUGGUGCAUUUCCUAAAGCAUAAAGAAAUUCCAUGCAAGCGAAAAGCGAACGAUGGGGCAUCUGCUGAAGCCAAUUCCAGAUCAAUGAUGGAAUCAAAAUCCGAACAGAAGAACAACACGAACGACGUCAAGGUGAAAUCCAAGAAAAGUAAAGAAAAUAGAUCAACAAUGUACCCAGAAGUCGCUGUUCCGAUAUAUCAGGCAAGAGCAGAUGGUUCUCGUGCAUACGACAAGAGACAGGCAUGUUAUUACUGUUGCCAACUCAUGUCUAAGAUGACCAGGCACCUUGGCUUGAGCGAUGCCAUUCGGAAGAAACAACAGUUGCCAAGGUUCUUGCCAUUUCGGACAAGGAUUUACGAGGAAAAGAGUUUGAACGUCUGAGGC